CACCCCUGCCAUGUGUUACAGAUCUCGUCAGUAGCCUGCGGCUAUGGCUUCACCUUGCUCUCCUCCAAAACCCCCGACAUCACCAAAGUGUGGGGCAUGGGGCUGAACAAGGACUCGCAGCUCAGCUUCCAGAGGAGCCGGAAGGACCGAACAAAAAGCUACGAGUAUGUCUUGGAGCCAUCUCCUAUUCCAUUGCCGCUGGAGAAGCCCCAGGAGACUCGAGUGUUGCAGGUCUCCUGUGGGAGAGCCCAUUCCCUCGUCCUGACGGACCAUGAAGGAGUCUUCAGCAUGGGAAACAACUCGUACGGGCAGUGUGGUCGAGAAGUAGUUGAAGGUGAAAUUUAUAGUGAGAGCCAUGUGAUAAAUCGACUGCAGGAGUUUGAUGGAAGAGUUGUGCAGGUUGUCUGUGGUCAGGAUCACAGUCUGUUUAGGACAGAGAAAGGAGAGAUCUAUUCCUGUGGAUGGGGAGCCGAUGGACAAACAGGUCUAGGCCACUACAAUGUUACCAGUGUUCCCACUAAGCUAGGUGGAGAUGUUGCUGGGGUCAACAUUAUUCAGGUUGCCUCCUACGCUGAUUGCUGUCUGGCUGUUUCUGAUGAAGGAGACAUCUUCGGCUGGGGAAACUCAGAAUACCUGCAACUAGCAUGCGUCACGGAGACAACACAGGUGAAUGUCCCCAGGCACUUACCAUUCAAGAUUGGGAAGGUAAAGGAGGCUGCGUGCGGAGGGACCGGCAAUGCUGUUCUGAAUGAGGAAGGAAAUGUCUUUGUGUGGGGAUAUGGAAUCCUUGGGAAAGGACCGAACCUUCUGGAAACAGCAACUCCAGAGAUGAUCCCUCCCACUCUCUUUGGCUCAUCAGAUGUUCGUGUUAAGCACCUUUGCUGUGGACUCAGCCAGUUUGCGGCACUUAAUGAGAGAGGAGAGUUGUUUGUCUGGGGCAAGAAUAUAAGAGGGUGCUUGGGAAUUGGAAGAAUGGAAGACCAGUAUUUUCCCUGGAGGGUGACGAUACCUGGGGAGGUGGUGGCCGUGGCAUGUGGAGUGGAUCACAUGGUAACUCUGGUGAAAUCAUGGAUCUAAUGGAACUGGUGCAGAGCGAAUAAAGAUAAUCUAACCCGUC